GCGGUCAGUCUCUAAUGAAAAACACAGAAGCUUGAUAGUUCUAGUCGAAACACAAAAAAACUCCCAAGGGGAAAAACUGGAACAAAAAAAAACUUCCACUUGUUCAAAAAAUAGAAAAGCAAAAACACAGACCGCCCAGGUGGUAUCAGUACGGUGGACAGCUCCGCAGCAGCACAGUAGAGAGAGAACGGCAGAUCCAUUGAGGAGCAACGACAAUUCUUCUAGACUCUCACUCCUCCCCACGCCGUAGGAACACGGGCACAGACAACCUCGAGAGCACUUAAUUCCUGAGCAAAACUAUUGCACUGUCUCCAUAAAAGAUGGUAACCAGUGGUCCUCUCGACCAACAUUAUAUGAUAUCCAGCACAAAUGGGGCAGUGGAUGAUGAGCCAGAUACUGUUACAACAUCUAAAUAUUAUGACUACUAUGAUUAUGAUCCAGCAGUCAUCUGUGUUUAUGGAGAUCAUGGAGCUAGAAUUCUUCCCACUUUAUACUCCCUUUAUUUUGUGGUGGGCUUUCUGGCUAACAUGCUGGUGGUCUGGGUUGUCUGCAUGGCUGCGAAGCUGAGAAGCAUGACUGACAUCUGUCUCCUGAACCUGGCUUUAGCUGACCUGCUCCUGCUGUCCUCUUUCCCCUUUCUUGCACACUAUAUUAGAGACCAGUGGAUCUUUGGAGAUGUAAUGUGCACUGCGGUCCUCAGUGUCUACUACAUUGGAUUUUACAGUGUGAUAUUCUUCACUGUACUGAUGAGUAUUAAUCAAUACAUUGCUAUAGUUCAUGAUGUGCUUGCAAGGACAUAUGGAAUCUUAGCCAGUGUAGUCAUAUGGAUUAUUGCUGUUUCUGCAUCUUUUCCUGAGGUGAUGCACUUCAAAACCAACAAUUUCAAUCAACAAAUCGUUUGUGGUUUGUUUAAUCCAACAGGUGAUCAAAAUUUGUACUUUUCUUUGAAUAUUUUUAGUAUCUUUAAAAUGAAUCUCAUAGGUUUAGUUAUCCCUCUUUUCAUAAUUGGAUUUUUUUACUCAUUGAUUUUGAAGAGACCCCUGACAGCCCGUUCUUCCAGAAAGCAAAACAUGUGCUAUGUCAUCAUUGUGUUGGUGGUGUUCUUCUGCUGUUAUGCUCCAUAUAACAUUGCUGCUUUUGUGAAAGUCUUAGAGAUGAAAGAAAUCAUAUCUAAUUCCUGUGACUUGAGUAAAGCAAUCAAUCUAAGUCUGCAGAUCACAGAAGCUUUGACCAACUCACACACCUGCAUCAAUCCCAUUCUCUUUGUGUUUGUGCAAGAGAAAUAUAGGAAACAUCUUGUCAGUCUCCUCUAUAAGACACCUUGUGGUAGACUGCAUUUUAUGAAUGAUAACCCUACACAGGCCACAGAAUCAGUGUACUUACAGAACACUGAGAGGCCUGGUACAGUAGUGUAAAUGGAGGACUUGAGA